CUAAUAAAAAGAGAAUGGAGGGAUAGCAUAGCAAGGUAAGGUUGAUCAGAGGGAACAAUAAUGAAGACUCAUCAUCAACAUCAUCAUCAUCACGAUAUAGUGAUUGUUGGAGGCGGAAUUUGCGGCCUUGCCACUGCCCUCGCUCUUCACCGGAAAGGCAUACGAAGCACGGUGAUAGAACGAUCGGAGACACUGAGAGCCGCCGGAGCAGGCAUCAUCGUCCACGAAAAUGGGUGGAAAGCACUCGAGUUGCUGGGUGUUGCCUCAACCCUCCGACUCCAAACACCCAUUUCCAUCACAUCAGGGGAAGUUGUUUCCGUGAAGGACGGCAAACGAGAAUCCGUGCCAUCCUGGGGAGAAGUUCGGGCGAUAAGACGGAGCGAUCUCAUCGGCACCUUGGCCAGCGAGCUGCCGGCGGACAGCUUUCUGCUGGGAUGCAAGGUGGUCGGGGUCCACUUCCAUCCCACCACUUCCGAACCACUGCUUUACCUUCACGACGGAACUGUGAUUCAUGCCAAGGUGGUGGUUGGUUGCGACGGUUUGAAGUCGGUGGUGGCGAAGACGUCCCUACGACUGGAUUCCGAAGGCGCCAUGCCGAUAUCUGCCACCAGAGGCUUCUCGUAUUCUCCGGAAGGCCACAAUCUCGGCGACAAGUUCGUCGUUCACAAAGACGUCGCCUCCGGCUCCCUGCUCGGCGAGUUCCCUCUCACCCCAAACCUACUCUACUGGUUCCUCCUUAGACCAUCCACUCCUCAGGAUUCAGUAGCAUGCAAGGACAAGAAGCUGAUAAAAGAGUCGAGCCUCGAGACCGUGAAAGAUUACCCGCCGGAAGCCCAAGCAACGGUGAGGAACAGCGACGAGGAGUCACUGCACCUCUCGGAGUCAAUAACCUACCGCCGGCCGUGGGACGUGCUGACUAAGAAAUUCAGGAGAGGAACGGUGACGGUGGCCGGAGACGCCAUGCACGCGAUGGGCCCGUUCCUAGCUCAAGGCGGCUCGACUUCCCUUGAAGACGCCGUCGUUCUGGCUGACUGCAUGGCGGCGGAAUUACUCGUCCGGCCGCCGCGAGUUGUACCGAUGGUAUUAGCUCUUGAUGAGUACGUGGAUCUACGGAGGAAGAGAGUUUUCUGGCUGUCCCUAAACACUUAUCUUUUGGGUGCAAUUGCGAGCCCUAGUUCCUCGAGGGUUACCAGAAGCUGUUGCAUUUUGUUGAAGAAGGUUUUGUUCAGCGACCCAUUUGAACAUUUACUCUAUGAUUGUCGUCGCUCUUGAGUUGACUGCUACUUGAAUAUUAAUGCACUAUUUUCUACGUACGUACAUAUAAUAUGUGAGGUUCUUAAAUUUGGACUUAUUAUAUAAUGAUAUACAUGGUAUUGG